AUGGCACAGAUAGCGAACACUCUUCAGCAAUUCAUGCAUAACAAAAAUCAGACUGUGAAUAAGCAUCGAGGUACUAUUAAUAAGUUGAGUAUACAGUCAGCUAAGGUCGCCCUUACUUUAAGGAGUGAAAAAGAAGUUUCACGAUCUGAAAUGCCCGUUGAUCAACAAACAGUUGCUCCAAUUCCUGAAGUGGCAACCGAGAUAGAUGAGGGAAAAGAAAAAUCAGUGAAGAUCAACAUUCCACUUCUGGAUACCAUACAGCAAGUCAAUGCAUAUGCAAAAUUUUUGAAAGACCUAUGCACAAUAAAAAGGAAACUGGACGUGAAGAAGAAGGCUUUCUUGACUGAGCAAGUUAGUGCGUUGAUAUUAAGUCAGACUCCCCAGAAACUCAAAGACCCUGGUUCUCCCACUAAUUCUAUCAUGAUUGGUGAAUCUCGUAUCGGGAGAGUUUUACUUGAUUUUGUGAGUAGUGUGAACUUGCUCCCAUAUUCGAUAUAUGAGCAGCUAGGUUUAGGUGAGCUAAAGAAAACUUCUAUGAUGCUACAGCUGGCAAAUAGAAACAAAUCUCCAUGA